AUGAAUGUUGUUAGUAAUAAUGGUGGUAAUGGUGGUGUUGAUUCAAGCUAUGAUUCUGAUCCAGAAUCAUCACAAAAUAGUGAAUUAAGAAAAUUAGUUACCGAUCUUAUUGAUUCAGAACAAUCAAAUCGAAAUAAUCAUCAUAAAAAGAAACGUAAAUCUAAAAAACAACAACAAAAUUGGCAACAACAACAACAACAACAAUCUCAACAACAACAUGCCGAAAUUGAUCGUACAUCAUCAGAAACAUUAUCACAAGAAUAUUCAGAAUAUGUUACAAGACAAAUGUUUACCAAUAAUAAUAAUAAUAAUAUUGAUAAUCAUCCUAUUUUAACAACAACAACAACACAAACACCACCAACAACAACAACAAUGAUUGAAAAUCAGAAAAAAUCUGCCGAAUUUGAAAUGAAAAUAAAAUUUGCAAAAAAACUUGGCUAUUCCGAACAACAAGUUUGUCAAGCAAUUGAUUUAUUAGGUGUUGAUUGUCAACAAAAUGAAUUAUUAGCACAAUUAAUUAAUUUAUCAUCAUCAUCAUCAUCGACAACAACGAAUAUGAAUUUAAUGAUGAUGAUGAAGCAAAAUACAAAUCCAUUACAAUUGAAUUUAAAUAAUCAACAACAACAACAAUUGACAAAUUAUCAUCAUCAACCACUUGGAUAUUCAAUUUCAUCAUCAAUUUUAUUGAAUUGUAAUUCAUCUAAUAAUGGUGGUGGUAAAUCAACGGUUGGUAAAACUUUAUCAAGUCCAGUGAUUGGAUCAUCAUCAUCAUCAACUGCCGCAACAUCCGCCGUAUCACCUGCAUCAAACAAUAUCAAUAAAAAUGGAAAUUUAACUAAUUCAAAUAAUCGAAACAAUUCAAGUGGAAAUAGUAAUUCUAUUGAAUUACGUUCGAUUGUUAUUGAUGGAAGUAAUGUUGCUGUUAAUCAUGGAAAACAGAAAAAUUUUUCUUGUCGUGGUAUUGAACUUUGUGUUGAUUGGUUUAAAUCACGUGGCCAUCAAAAUAUAGCCAUUUUUGUACCAUCAUGGAGAAAAUCACCAAAUGCUGAUUUUGAUCUUCCUGUCAUAGAUCGUGAAAUAUUAUUAAAAUUAGAACAAGAUGGUUUAUUACAUUUUACACCAUCAAGAUCGGUAUCCGGACGUAUAUUAGCACCAUAUGAUGAUCGUUAUAUAUUGAAUCAUGCAUUAAAAAAUGAUGGUAUUAUUGUAUCGAAUGAUCUUUAUCGUGAUUUAGUUAUCGAAAAUAAUGAUUAUAAAAAACUUGUUGAUGAACGUUUAUUAAUGUAUUUAUUUGUUGAUGAUGAAUUUAUGCCACCUGAUGAUCCACUUGGACCACGUGGACCAUCAUUAGAUAAAUUUUUAUCCAAACCAUUAUCAUUAGAAAAUGUUAGAAAUAUUGCCAAAUUUAAUAAAAUUUGUCCAUAUGAUAAAAAAUGUACAUACGGUAAUAAAUGUAAAUAUUAUCAUCCUGAACGACAACAACAACAACAACAACAAUUAUCAACAACAACAUCAUUAUCAUUAUCAAAUUCAUCAUUACCAUCAUCAUCAUCAUCAUCAUCAUCGUCAACAACAACAACAUCGAAUAGUAAUAAUAAACAACUUCGAACAUUAAAAAGUUUACCAUUAAAUAAUCAAGGAAUGAAAAAUUUACAAUCAAAUUCAAAUAAUAAUUUAUCAAAUAUUUGGUCAAGUAUGGAUAAUCAGAUUAUAUCGGGUGGAUUAGGAUCAUCAUCUGGAAUGGUGUUGUCUUGUCCAAAGAAAACAACAUUAUUUCGUACAAAAUCUAGUGUUUCAAUCGAUCUUCAAGAUAAAAAUCAACAACAACAACAACAAUCGCAACGAAAUCGUUUGAAUGAUAAUGUACAACAACAAUCAUUAGGAUCAAUGAAUAAAACGUUAGUUAAUGUUAAUAAUAAUCAACAAAAACAUCGAAAAUUAGAACGACAAUUAACAUUAUAUUCGGAUGCUGAUCCACGAUUACCGAAUCUUUUUCCAAAAUCAACAACAGAAAAUAAAGAAAAAUUAUCACAAACAAAAAGUUGGAAUAUGAUAAUCGGUGGACAUCAUAAUAAUAAUCAUCAUCUUCAUCAUGGUCAAGUAAAUAAUAAUAAUAAUAAUAAUAAUAAUGGUUUAUUAUUACAAACAUUAUCCAAUUCAAUGGCAACAUUAUCAUUUUGUUAUGGAGAUAAUUCCAUUCGAAAUUCAUUGAAUGAAUCACCAUCGACUACAUCAUCAACGACAUCCGCAUCCACAUCAUCAUGUCGAACAAAUUUACUAACAACUGUAAAUGCAAAUGGACAAAAUAAUUCCUAUAAUCUUUCUGCCAAUAAUAAUAAUAAUCAAUUUUCUCAUUAUAAUCAACAUCAUAAUCAUCAUCAUAAUUAUCAACAACAAUCAUUAAAUAAUCAUAAUCAUAAACCAUUAAUGAUUAAAUCACAUUCAUUAUCAUCAUCAUCGAAUGAUAUUUUAAACAAUAUUUCAAUAGGCACUGCCGCCACCAAUACAUUAGAUCAUCCAACAUCAUCAUCACAUUAUAUUUUACAACAACAACAACAACAAAAUCAUCCAAAUCAACAAUCAUCACAACAAUCACCUUAUCAUCAACAACAACAAAUUACAUCAUUCAAAAUUAAUCAAUCCGGUUUAAAUCGAUUGAAUUCAAAUACAGCUGCAUUAAUCGAUGAUCAAAUUCCUCUUCAUCAUAAUCAUAAUAAUAAUAAUCAUUAUCAACAACAACAACAACAACAAUUUAAUGAAAUACGAUCAAAAAUUUAUUAUCAUUUAUCAUCAUUAUUUCCAUCGGAUAUUGUUUAUAAUGCAAUGAUACAAAUGCCAAAUGAAACUGAUCCAAAUAAAAUUUGUUCAAUUAUAAUUCAAAUGAAUCAUGAACAUAAUUUAUCGUCAACAACAACAACAACAACAACAUUAAAUGAUUUGUCAUUAGCCACCAACAAUACCAAUACCCCCGCAACCACAUUAUCAUCAUCGACAUCGACAGCAGCUUCAUAAUUUUAGACAAGAAUUUUCUCAGAUUUUUCUUCGCCAUUUUUCCUCUCCAAAUCUUAAUCGAUUGGUGGAGUGCCAAAAA